ACUGACGCCUCUGUGCUCCUGUGUCAAUCUAAGAGGACGCUCACUGAAACUAUUUGCAAAAAGCAGGGAUACACUGGAUCAUUAUUUUUGCACUUGUCUUGGAUUAUUUAUUUUCUUGAGCAAAAAUUUUAUUUUAGCAGAACUUGGAAAAUGGAUAUGUACAUUUUGAUCUCCGUGUUAUCAGUGAUGUACUCCUGGAUGUUGUGCGCAGUCCUAUCAGCGCCAGCUACAGAGACAUCCACCGCCUCCACUGUCACCCAGAAGCGCCAUGUGCGGACCAAGCGCUGCUCCUGCGCCACUUUCCUGGACAAGGAGUGCGUCUACUUCUGUCACCUGGACAUCAUAUGGGUCAACACACCUGAGCGCGUGGUCUCUUACGGAUUGGGCAACGCUCCUAGGACUAGGCGCGCAGUUUCGGACUCCAUGGCAACCAGCACCGGACCUCGCUGCCGGUGCCUCCGUGAAAACGACAGCACAUGCACAAACUUCUGCUUACUGGAAAACCCCCUCAGGUAUGAGACAUCACCAGACACGGUGAUCCACUCCGCCGAGGGCGAUGGCUGUGCUGGGGCACAGUGCAAACACAAGCUGGCAGCAGACACGGGCAGGAUUAAGAGGAGUAGCAACAAGAAACGGGUGUUGCCUCAAGUGCUCAGGGCUGCGUUGAAAACCCGCUUGCUGCUCAAGAAGUGGAGUGUGAGACAGCGCCGCAGGGCAAGAGCAUGGGACGGCGAGAGCUCAGCCUCCUAAAGAA